UGAUUUCAUAUCACUGUAUAUUAGAGUCGAAUGAAAAUGAAGGGCAAUUUGUAUUGAUUAUACAAAAAGCAAGUAAAAUGUUCAUACAACUUAAGUAUAAAUAGAAAAUGGAAAAUACUAACUAACUUCCAGCUGGUAACUAACUUCUUAACCUUCUCUCUAACUAUACAAAUGGGACAUAAUACUCCCCCUCAAUAUGUGCUGUAAAUGUUCUUCACACACAUCUUGGACAUCAAGGGAGAAAGUAUGGAAGCAGGUCAAGGUUUAAAUGCAUCAGCAAGCCAGUGCUGUGAUCUGACCGGAAGUAGUUUAACUGCCCCAGCUGUAAUCUUGUCUCGAAUGAAGUGGCAAUCGAUCUCAAUGUGUUUUGUCCGCUUGUGAAAAAUUGAAUUAUUUGCAAUCUGAAUUGCAGUAAGAUUGUCACAGUAGCUUAUUGCUGGAGAAGUGUCAGCAACUUGAAAAUCCAACACAAUUCCUUGAUCCAAAUGAUCUCACUAACUGUGGCUGCAAGGGCUCCGUAUUCUGCCUCAGCUGAGGGACGAGAAAUGGUAGGUUGGCAUUUAGUUUUCCAAGAAACUGAUGAAUCACCAGUGAAGAAACAAAACCCAGUAGUGGAUUUUCUUGUGUCAAUGCAGGAUCCCCAGUCAAUAUCAGAAAAAGCUUGAAUCUUGAUGGACGAACCAGAGCAUGAAGAUACCCCUUUCAGCAAAGAUUUUAUUUUAUCUUCUACCUACAAUUGGAUUAUGCUUCGCAUUCUUGGACAUGGCUGUGCUUAUAAGGAGAAGACUAAAUGCAUACCCCAUUGCAUAUCAUGAAUGGCUAUUUAGUUUCUCACAGUUCUCAUUCUGGGCUAUAGUUAUACUUGUAGCAACGUCCGAAACUCGGUUGGUUGUCUUGUGCAAUCGCGUCCUGUGUUUUUGGUGGAUUGCAAAAUUGUUUCUGCUGAUCCCUCGACUGCAAAUAGUUUUUUCUUCACCAGGGGUUUUAAGAUGGCUAAAGGAGAGCUGUGUGGCUAUUACUGACAUGCUUUUUGGAAUUUUGAUAAACAUAAUCAGAAUAAAGUGGGCAGCUCAUGGAAGCAGUUACUUUUUGAAUAGUAGCUCAAUGGAGGAAUCACUUCUCCCCUGCAAGAUGGAAGUUAAAGAAGAUUGUUUGACUGAUCUGGGAAUUGUUGGCAAUGUUUGGCGUCUUAUGACAUUCAAAUCUAUUGAUCCUGUGAUGCAACGGGGUAUGAAAAAGCAGCUUGAUUUUGAAGAUUUGCUUCAGCUACCCUCGGAUAUGGAUCCCUUAUUCUGCCAUAACAUUCUACUAAGCUGUUGGAAUGCACAACGAACAAAUACCGUUACCCAUCCUUCUUUAUUCAAGGCAAUAUAUUCAGCAUAUGGAUGGCCAUAUUUCUGCCUCGGUCUGUUAAAGGUUCUCAAUGACUGCCUUGGUUUUGCAGGACCGAUACUUCUCAAUAAGCUAAUUCAUUUUCUUCAGAAAGGUUCCAGAGAAGCCAAUGGUUACUUUCUAGCAAUAUCCUUGGGCUUGAUAUCUGUUUUGAAAUCUUUCCUAGAUACACAAUAUACUCUUCAUCUUUCAAAACUUAGGCUCAAGUUGAGAUCCAGUAUCUCAACUGUCAUCUAUCGGAAGUGUCUUUGUGUUAGCUUAGCGGAGAGAUCACCAUUUUCAGAAGGAGAAAUUCAAACAUUCAUGUCCAUUGAUGCUGAUCGAAUUGUAAACCUCUGCAACAGUGUUCACGAUAUGUGGAGUUUGCCAUUGCAAAUAGGAAUUGCUCUGUUUCUACUCUAUCAACAAGUAAAGUUUGCCUUUUUAUCUGGGGUAGCAAUAAUUAUUUUGCUAAUACCAGUGAACAAAUGGAUCGCUAAUAGGAUUGCAAAUGCAACCAAAAAUAUGAUGGAGCAAAAGGAUGAAAGGAUUGGGAAAACAGCAGAACUUUUAACAUAUAUCCGCACAUUAAAAAUGUAUGGCUGGGAGCUUCUUUUCGCUAAAUGGUUGAUGAAGACAAGAUCCUCCGAAGUCGCAUAUUUAUCUACUAGGAAGUAUUUGGAUGCCUGGUGUGUUUUCUUUUGGGCAACAACACCCACUCUUUUCUCUCUGUUCACAUUUGGACUCUAUACAAUGUUGGGUCAUCAGCUUGAUGCAGCAACGGUUUUCACUUGCCUUGCUCUAUUCAACAAUUUAAUCUCCCCUCUAAACUCAUUCCCGUGGGUCAUUAAUGGUUUGAUUGAUGCCGCUAUAUCAACUAGACGGUUGAGCAAGUACCUCUUCUGUUAUGAAAUUGAAACUGGACCCAGUCUCUCAUUCCUGUCACUUUCAGAUGAAAAGUUGGAUUAUGGAGAUACUACUGUUGUUCUUCGUGACGCAUCUUGUACAUGGUCAAGCAGUAACGAGGAGGAGUUUGAUCUUGUCUUGAAACACAUAAAUCUUUGCGUUCCAAAGGGCUUUCUGGUUGCUGUAAUUGGAGAGGUUGGAUCGGGUAAAUCGUCUCUCUUAAACUUGAUUCUCCGGGAAAUGAGACUCGUUAAUGGAUCAAUUUACUCAAGUGGAACGACAGCAUAUGUUCCACAGGUCCCUUGGCUUCUGUCGGGAACUAUCCGUGAAAAUAUUUUGUUUGGCAAGGACUAUGAUCACAAAAGAUACUCAGAAAUAUUACAGGCAUGCGCUCUGGAUCUUGAUAUUUCCCUAAUGAUUGGAGGCGACAUGGCUUAUAUUGGAGAGAAAGGAGUCAAUUUAUCUGGAGGACAGAGAGCUCGUCUUGCGCUUGCCAGAGCUAUCUACCAGGGCUCAAACAUAUACUUGCUUGAUGAUGUUCUAAGUGCCGUUGAUGCACAUGUUGCUUGCUCAAUUCUACAAAAUGCUAUUCUGGGUACUCUUUUAAACCAGAAGACACGCAUUCUCUGCACACAUAACAUUCAGCAGGCAAUAUCUUUGGCUGAUAUGGUGGUUGUGAUGGAUAAAGGACAUAUGAAGUGCGUAGGAAGUCCAUCUGACCCUUCUGUUGCUUCCUACAUAUCAUUUUUAUCAGUAAAUGACUUUAACACAUUUUCUGAGGAGGGCAAGAAAGAAAAAAUAUCAAAUGUUAUUGAAGAAACCCUAGAGAAAGACCUAGAUGUUGAUUGUAUAAGCUCUUCCAGCCAAGCCCAAGACAUCAUUGAGGUUGAGACAAGAAAAGACGGUAGAGUCGAACCAACUGUGUACAAAAAUUAUGCUGCAUUUUCUGGUUGGUUCAUUACAAUUCUGACGUGUCUCUCGGCUAUUCUAAUGCAAGCAACUCGUAAUGGAAAUGAUCUGUGGCUAUCAUUCUGGGUUGAUACAACCGGAAGCAACCAAAAUAAGUACUCAACUACCUUUUAUCUGAUCAUACUCUGUGUCUUUUGUUUGGUGAAUUCCUGCUUGACUUUGGUGAGGGCAUUUGCAUUUGCAUUUGGUGGUCUACGGGCUGCUGUUCGGGUGCACGAUAAAUUAAUACAGAUUCUUAUCAAUGCACCAGUUAGUUUCUUUGAUCAGACCCCAAGUGGGAGGAUACUAAACAGAUUGUCUUCAGAUCUUUAUACAAUAGAUGAUUCUCUUCCUUUUAUACUCAACAUUCUCCUGGCAAAUUUUGUUGGCCUCUUGGGAAUUGCUGUAGUUUUGUCGUAUGUGCAGGUUGUGUUUAUGCUUCUUUUAUUGCCUUUUUGGUAUAUAUACAGAAAAUUGCAGUUUUACUACAGAUCAACAUCUCGGGAAUUGCGAAGACUGGACAGUGUUUCUCGUUCACCUCUUUAUGCAUCAUUUACUGAGACAUUAAAUGGUUCGCCAACUAUUAGAGCUUUCAAGUCUCUGGACCACUUUUUUUUCAGGUUCACUCAGCAUAUGCUAUUAUAUCAGCGGACUUCUUACACAGAGAUCUUUGCAAGUUUAUGGCUUUCCCUUCGUCUUCAGUUGUUGGCAGCAUGUAUUGUGUCAUUUGUUGCUGUGAUGGCUAUUGUUGGCUCUCAUGGACUUCUCCCUGUCAGUUUGGGCACUCCAGGGCUGGUUGGGCUAGCCCUUUCUUAUGCUUCCCCGAUUGUAUCCUUGUUGGGUAGCUUCUUGACUAGCUUCACUGAAACUGAGAAGGAGAUGGUUUCCGUCGAGAGGGUUCUUCAGUACAUGGACAUUCCUCAAGAAGAACUGAUGGGGGAAAAUUCAUUAGACCCAACUUGGCCAUUGCAUGGUGAGAUCCAGUUUCAGAAUGUGACUCUCAGAUAUAUGCCAUCUUUGCCCCCCGCACUACGUGAUGUGUCUUUCACUGUUGCUGGAGGAACUCAGGUUGGAAUUGUGGGAAGAACUGGUGCUGGGAAAUCAAGCAUUCUGAAUGCUGUAUUCCGUCUCAAUCCAAUUUGUGGUGGACGUAUUAUAGUGGAUGGUAUAAACAUUGCUGGAGUUCCUGUCAGAGAUCUCCGUUCUCGUAUUGCUGUUGUUCCCCAGAGUCCAUUCUUGUUUGAAGGAUCAUUAAGGGCAAAUUUGGAUCCAUUCCAGGUAACUAGUGAUGAUAAGAUUUGGAACACCCUGGAAAAAUGCUGUGUUAGGGAAGAAGUAGAAGCAGCUGGAGGACUUGACAUUCAUGUACAAGAAUCUGGAACCUCUUUUUCAGUUGGGCAAAGACAACUCCUCUGCCUUGCACGUGCUCUUCUUAAGUCUUCUAAGGUGCUUUUUUUGGACGAGUGCACUGCCAAUGUAGACUCUCAAACAGCUUCUAAACUGCAGAAAGUAAUAGUUACAGAAUGCCGAAGCACAACUGUUAUCACAAUUGCUCAUCGCAUUUCCACAGUUCUGAUCAUGGACAAUAUUCUUAUUCUUGAUCAAGGGAUACUGGUUGAACAAGGAAAUCCACAUAUACUCCUGCAGAAUGAGUCCUCCAGAUUCUUUAGUUUUGCCAGGGCUUCAACAAUGUAAUCUUCAUGGAUUAACGAGAUUCUCACUACCCUUGUCUACUAUCCCGCUAAACUGCAUUCAAGAGUACGGGUUGUCGAGAUGAAAUGGAGUAGAUUUUAGGCAGGAAAACAUUAGCAUGCCAUAUUUAGUGGUGGAGCCUCCAAAUUUGUGGGGUCUAAGAUUGCCAUGAGUAAAUCCUGUCUCCCCUUGUUGACCUAUAUGUCUUAUUUGACGACGUUGAGGAUUUCAAAACAUGGGACUUGGGGGUAUGCCAAAUUUGAUUUGUUUUUCCUUGCCCUUUGUGCUUGUACGUGUUUCUUGCCUAAAUUCAAUGUUUUUAACCUUCCAAUUCUACUAGGAUUAAAACAUUCUUGUGUGCGCACAUGCGUGGAAUAGAAUGUACCGCCCACAAUAUGAUUUUUCUACGUACUAAUUGGAUGGAAUAGCAUAAAGUUUUGCUGUGAGAUAUCCAA